AUGAGUUGCGGACAACAAUUACUUAUAAAAGAAAAACUGUUAAAAAAUUAUACAAAGUGUGUUACAGCUGAUCGUCAUAUCGCAAAUCGGAUGUCGCUCCACAAGGAUCCCGCAUUUGUACAGCUCCGACAGCAUUUUGAAUCAGAAUGUAAAUAUCUGAAAAUGGUUGAUCUGUUUAAGCAGGAUUCACAACGGUUUCAAAAAUACAGUUUGACAAUGGAUACACCAGAUGGACCGAUUCUCUUCGAUUAUUCAAAAAAUAUUAUUAAUGAAGAAACGAUGAAGAAAUUGUUCAAUCUAGCGAAUUCAAGGAACGUUUUGAAUAUGCGACAGGAUAUGUUCAGUGGGAAAAAGAUCAACUUCACUGAAGGGCGUGCCGUUUUGCAUACCGCUUUAAGGAACGUUAAUAAUAAAUCUUUGACAUUAGAUGAACAAAAUGUGACAAACGAUGUUAAUAGCGUACUGGAGCAUAUGAAAACAUUUUGUGAUCAAGUUAUCAGUGGAACUUGGAAGGGUUACACAGGUGAAGCAAUUACCGAUGUUGUCAAUAUUGGCAUCGGAGGUUCUGAUUUGGGACCGUUAAUGGUAACGGAAGCACUCAAGCAUUAUCAGAUUGGACCAGACGUUCACUUCGUUUCAAACAUCGAUGGUACGCAUUUAGCAGAGGUGCUGAAGAAAAUUAAGCCCGAAACAACGAUAUUUAUCAUUGCGUCGAAAACAUUUACAACACAGGAGACAAUCACUAACGCCACGUCAGCUAAAGAAUGGUUCUUGAGCAAAGCACAGAAUCCUACGGCAGUUGCUAAACAUUUCGUAGCACUGUCAACAAAUGGUCCAAAAGUUCGUGAGUUUGGUAUUGAUGAAAAUAACAUGUUUGGAUUCUGGGAUUGGGUCGGAGGUCGUUAUUCGUUAUGGUCUGCUAUUGGCCUUUCUAUUGCCGUGCAUAUUGGUUUCGAUAACUUCAAUAAGUUGUUGAAAGGCGCAAACGCUGCUGAUGAACAUUUCCUUAAUGAACCAAUUGAAAGAAAUAUACCAAUAAUUAUGGCUUUACUGGGCGUCCUUUACAUCAAUUGUUUUAAAGCUGAAACACAUGCUCUCCUUCCAUAUGAUCAAUAUUUGCAUCGAUUCGCAGCUUACUUUCAGCAGGGUGAUAUGGAGAGUAACGGAAAGUUUGUAAUGCGGGAUGGAAAUCGUGUCGAUUUUCCCACUGGACCCAUUGUUUGGGGUGAACCUGGAACUAAUGGCCAACAUGCUUUUUACCAACUUUUACAUCAAGGAAUGUUUUGCUUUUUUUCUUUCCAUUACCGUACACGACUUGUUCCUUGUGAUUUUAUUGCACCAGUAAAGUCGCUAAAUCCGAUAAGGCAGAAUCUCCAUCAUGAUAUUCUGCUAUCUAACUUCGUAGCUCAGACGGAAGCACUGAUGAAAGGCAAAACACCAGAAGAAGCUAAGAAGGAAUUGAAAGAUUCAGGAAUGAGCGAUGAUAAAAUUCGUGACAUACUACCGCACAAGGUAUUUGAAGGAAACAGGCCCACAAAUUCAAUUAUACUACCCAAAGUAUCUCCAUUUACUCUUGGCAUUUUAAUUGCUCUAUAUGAGCAUAAGAUUUUCGUUCAGGGUGUCAUUUGGAAUAUCAACAGCUACGAUCAGUGGGGGGUUGAGCUUGGUAAGCAACUGGCAAAAGUUAUCCAGAAAGAAUUUGAAAUGGAUACGCAAUGCACUUCUCAUGACUCCAGCACAAAUGGCAUCAUUAAUUUUAUUAAAAAGGGGAAGCAAACCAAUAAAUGA